GCCACUGCGCAAUUAAAUUAGAAUUAUUUAAAAAUAAAAGAAUCGGGCAAUUCGUUUCGAAGGAUUUUAGAAUUAAAGAAAAGAAAAAAGGUGGAAAAAUGGAGCAGCUAACCGAAGAACAAAUUUCGGAGUUUAGAGAAGCUUUUUCCUUAUUCGAUAAGGAAGGGAAUGGUACCAUAACUGGUAAGGAGCUUGGUACCCUGAUGCGGUCCCUCGGACAAAAUCCAACCGAAGCUCAGUUGAAGGCCAUGAUCCAGGAUCUACAAAAUUCGGGAAGGGAUCAAAUCGAUUUCCCACUUUUUCUAGAACUGAUGGCCAAACAGAUGAGGGAAGCCAUCAGCGAACAAGAAAUCAGAGAUGCCUUCAAGAUUUUCGAUCGAGAUAACACGGGCUAUAUAAUAGUUGCCGAACUCCGCCAUGUUCUUACUAAUUUGGGUGAAAAAUUGACUGAUGAAGAAAUGGACGAGUUGCUUCGCGAAGUGGAAAUCGAUAACGAAGGAAGAAUAAAAUAUCAGGAAUUUGUGGACAUGGUCACUUCGAAGUAAAAUCAUUAUUUAAAACCAGUGUAUUUGAACUUUAUGGAUUAUAAAUGUGAAUUUCGGCUUCCUAAAAACCAAAAUUACAGUUUAAAAGCGAUUUAUGUAUUAAAAAACGUUUAAUAUU